AUGGCACCAACAACGAGGAACGUCCAAAGUUUUUACGACUUCCUCGCACACUCUGCAGAAAUCCGAAACUUCAUAUACGAGUUUGCCAUCGCUGCCGAAACACCGGAUACCCCAGAAGGCGACGUAUUACUUCGAAAGGCCGACCCAAAGCCAUAUACGACACGCCCCUGGAAGUUUUUCGGCCUCACGCAGACCUGUAGGCAAAUUCGGGCUGAGUUUCGUCCACUAUGGAUGCGAAACACUUCCAUUCGGUUCAUGGGACUGGAGGAUUCGGUGUCGUUCAUCUCAACCUUCAUGCCAGCCAUUGCUGAGUUCAAGCAUGCGCCAGAAUGUUUCACCAUUGGAACAGCAUAUAAGGUCGGCCGAGAUUCCCUAUGUGAUAUAACACUUCUGUUCCGCAUGGACGCAUUCUGUCCCUAUUUCUGUCUUAGCUUCUCGCCGUUUGAGGUUAUCAUGGGACGUCCACCUCCAGACGAAAGGAUAUGCCCUUGCUGCGAAGAGCACUUCAACCCUCACACUGGAGAAUGGAGUGGAACAGGCAUCGAAGAAGAUUGCAUAUGUAUACCUUCAGAUGCAGACUUGCAGGACCGGGUGGACUGGGAAGGAUUUCGUGACGAAGAGCUGAUACAUAUGGAUCCUCUUUUCGAAAUCCAAAGCGCCAGCGAGGCUUGGUGGAAAGAUCUGCAGGAUGACAAGAUCUCCAUUUACAUGACCGCCUCCUUAUCCGAAGUUUUGCCAAGGUUCCGCAUUGAGUACAAAGCACAGGGGCCCAGGAACGGUAGCAGCCGUCGUCUUGUGAGAGAACUUCUCAGCAGAUGGGGUUUACGCGUUCUCAUUGAAGACUACGAGAAUGUGACAUUUGCUGUAAAGUAUGGGGAGAGCAGUGAAGAAAAGAGCGGCGACGUAGAGGUGGAGGUGGUGUUUUAA